CGCAGCGCGCCGAGGGCGCGGGGGACGCGGCGAUGUACGCCUCCACCGAGUGCAAGGCCGAGGUGACGCCGUCGCCGCACGGCAACCGCACGUUCAGCUACACGCUGGAGGACCACACCAAGCAGGCGUUCGGCAUCAUGAACGAGCUGCGGCUCAGCCAGCAGCUGUGCGACGUCACGCUGCAGGUCAAGUACAAGGACGCGCCGGCCGCGCAGUUCAUGGCGCACAAGGUGGUGCUGGCCUCGUCCAGCCCCGUGUUCAAGGCCAUGUUCACCAACGGGCUGCGCGAGCAGGGCAUGGAGGUGGUGUCCAUCGAGGGCAUCCACCCCAAAGUCAUGGAGCGCCUCAUCGAGUUCGCCUACACGGCUUCCAUCUCCAUGGGCGAGAAGUGCGUGCUGCACGUCAUGAACGGCGCCGUCAUGUACCAGAUCGACAGCGUGGUCCGCGCUUGCAGCGACUUCCUGGUGCAGCAGCUGGACCCCAGCAACGCCAUCGGCAUCGCCAACUUCGCUGAGCAGAUCGGCUGUGCUGAGCUGCACCAGCGUGCGCGGGAGUACAUCUACAUGCACUUCGGGGAGGUAGCCAAGCAGGAAGAGUUCUUCAACCUGUCACACUGCCAGCUGGUGACCCUGAUCAGCCGGGACGACCUGAACGUGCGCUGUGAGUCCGAGGUGUUCCACGCGUGCAUCGACUGGGUCAAGUACGACUGCGCGCAGCGGCGCUUCUACGUGCAGGCGCUGCUGCGGGCAGUGCGCUGCCACUCGCUGAGCCCGCGCUUCCUGCAGCUGCAGCUGCAGAAGUGCGAGAUCUUGCAGUCGGACGCGCGCUGCAAGGACUACCUGGCACAGGUCUUCCAGGAGCUCACGCUGCACAAGCCCACGCAGGUGCGGCCCUGCCGCGCGCCCAAGGUGGGCCGGCUCAUCUACACGGCGGGCGGCUACUUCCGCCAGUCGCUCAGCUACCUGGAGGCCUACGACCCCAGCGACGGCUCCUGGCUGCGCCUGGCCGACCUGCAGGUGCCCCGCAGCGGCCUGGCGGGCUGCGUGGUGGGCGGGCUGCUCUAUGCCGUAGGCGGCCGCAACAACUCGCCCGAUGGCAACACCGACUCCAGCGCCCUGGACUGCUACAACCCCAUGACCAACCAGUGGUCGCCCUGCGCCCCCAUGAGCGUGCCGCGCAACCGCAUCGGCGUGGGCGUCAUCGACGGGCACAUCUACGCAGUCGGGGGCUCCCACGGCUGCAUCCACCACAACAGUGUGGAGAGGUACGAGCCCGAGCGGGACGAGUGGCACCUGGUGGCCCCGAUGCUGACGCGAAGGAUUGGGGUGGGUGUGGCCGUCCUGAAUCGGCUGCUUUAUGCCGUCGGGGGCUUCGAUGGGACGAACCGCCUCAGCUCCGCGGAGUGUUACUACCCAGAGAGGAACGAGUGGCGAAUGAUCACACCGAUGAACACCAUCCGGAGCGGGGCAGGUGUCUGUGUCCUGCACAACUGCAUCUAUGCCGCCGGGGGCUAUGACGGGCAGGACCAGCUGAACAGCGUGGAGCGCUACGAUGUGGAGACAGAGACUUGGGCUUUCGUGGCCCCCAUGAAGCACCGGCGAAGCGCCCUGGGGGUCACGAUGCACCAGGGCAGGAUCUACGUCCUCGGAGGCUACGAUGGUCACACAUUUCUGGACAGCGUGGAGUGUUACGACCCAGACACAGACACCUGGAGCGAGGUGACCCGCAUGACCUCGGGCCGGAGCGGGGUGGGUGUCGCCGUCACCAUGGAGCCCUGUCGGAAGCAGAUUGACCAGCAGAACUGUACUUGCUGAGACACUUUUAAUUCUCCAGGGAAAACACGGUCUGACAGAGAGUUUGAAAAAAAGCGACAAUGCAAAUACUUAUCCUCCAGGAGGGGAGGCUGGGACACCUCAGCGUUAAAAUGACAACUCGAAAGAAAUGAAGGCCCAAGUGGGGACCUGUGACCCCUCAGAGCAGUCCCAGGAAUGUCCCAGACAGCCCUGCAGGGCAGGGGUGUGGGCAGGCGGACCCCUGGGGAGAGAGGCUCCAACACCAUGGCCGAGCCAAGGCCUGGUGCCCACCCAGCUCCCCACACCUCCCUGGGGCUAAAGCAGGUGGUCAGGUCAGGCAGACUUUUGUUCCUGGCAUUUGCUGUUUGCCCUUGAACUCCUGGGAAGGGGCCCAGUAAAAGCCUCUGGGGUGGAGGCCCUUCUGGAACUAUCCAGGGAUCGGCUUGUACAUAGAAGCCACUGGUUGUCUCUGCCCUGAACAGUCAUUUUAUUGACAAGUAACCCUGUAACUUUCCACGGAAAAUAAAGAACAGACUAACUAGCGUCUUC